CCUCCCAAAUUCUCUCAAAGCAGGAGAGAUGAAUACUCAACAGACUCUGGCCUCUGCUUUUGCCCCUUCCUGUGGGCCACUUUGAUGCUUUCUUCUCUUUAGCCAUCUUCUUCCAUCCAUGCAACAAGGAAUCAAAUCCUUCCUUUUUUAUUUCCUCGCACCACCAUUCCUUUUCCGUUUCCAUUGACCAAGAUUGGGCAUAAAUGCCCCAUGGGGCCUCCUCAAGGUCGCUGCUUCGGCGCCCCCUGGGCAUGGCGAAUUGGAGAGCAGAGCAUGCCUUACAUACGGCGCUCGCUUGACGCCAUGGACGACCAGGAGGGAGGCUGGAAUGGAGGUGCUGGCCUCUUAUUCUCCCUCCGAUUUGAUCCCAUGAGGGCGGGCUUCGAUCCUACUCUGGCCAGCUUCCCUGUUUCCGCGCUGAUUAGCCGCCUUCUUGGAUGGGGCAAGAACAGUGGCCAAGGGAGGCCGCAGGGGGCCGUGAUGGUCGCCGCCGCCGUUGCCCUUUACGUGGCUGCGCUCUGUGCUUCAGAUCAGCAGCCUCGCCGGCGACGCCUGGCUGCUUCUGCUGCAGCUAGGCCAACUUCUGCAACCAGACCUCGUGCUCUGCCUGCGCCGGACGAUGGCCUCAGAAUUCUGUCAUCGAAUGAUGAAUAUCUGGAGAACGUGAUCCACAGCGUGUCGAUCGGUGCCGGGGACGAUGAGCCGAUUCUGGUGGCAAGAGUUCAGACCAUGCCACCCGACAUGGCUGGAGCAACCUCUGCAUGGGAAACGGAGCGCGAUAGGCUGGAGAAAGAGGAGGUCGAGCGAUUCAAGCAGCUGUGGCUGUCGCUCGUGGAGCGGGAGCAGAGGCUGGAGCUCCGGCUGAUGGACCUGGACGGCCUUAUAGAGCAGGAGGCCACCGUGAAAGAGCUCGAGAACCGCGUCGGCCUCGCCGCCGUGGAGGCGCGGCUCCUGGAGCUCAAGGCCUUGUCGCUGCGUGAGGAGAACGAGACGCUCAAGGCCCAGGCGGCGGAGCUGGAGGCCGUCCGGGCCCAGCUGGGUCGCGCCAAGGAGAAGCUGCGGGCGCUCAAGGAGCGGGUGCAGGUGGAGCGGGAGGAGUUUCAGAGCGAGGCGGCGGCGCUCCGGGACAAGGUAAUGGAGCUGGAAAAGACCGGCGAGAAGAGGGAGAGGGUGCUGGCGGCGGAGGCGGCGGAGCUACGGAGGGCCAAGGCCGCGCUGGAGGAGGAGAACAGGGAGCUUGCUCGGAGGUUGCAGGAUGCGGAGCAGGUUUCCACCGCUGUUAGUCUGGUUCAUGAGGACGACAUGGUUGAUGAGGCAAGCUACCUGAGGGAGGCGAACGAUCGGCUGACGAGGCAGAUCGAGCAGCUACACAGCGACCACUGCGCGCACGUCGAGGAGCUCGUCUACCUCAAGUGGGUCAACGCCUGCCUCCGCCACGACCUCCGUGGCGGCGACCACCACCCCUCGUCCGCCGAGCAAGAUCAGGACGGGGCUGGCAGCGCCAUGCCGUCGGCCAUGGACCUGAGCAAGAGCAUGAGCUACCGCUCCAGCGAGAAGGCCAAGGAGCUCAUGCUCCAGUAUGGCAGCCUCGGCCUCGACGGCUACGACCCCGCGCUCUUCUCGCCGCUCAACGAGUCGACAUACGGCGACGGCGAAAGUCACCAGCGGCGCGUUGGAGAUCACGACGAGCCAGGGCGGAGCCCGGUCGUGCCGUCGCCGGCCGCGGCCGCGCCCGAGAAUCGGGCCGGGCAUGGCAAGCUCAAGUUUCUGAGGAAUAUCAAGAAGCUGCUGGCGAGCAGCAGAAGGAGCCACGGCCACGACCGCAAGAGCAAGAAGGCCGCGCCGGACCACGAGCAUCUGGAGAAGGCGAUGCGGUGGCUGUCCUCCGGCAGCCACGACGCGCUCGGCGCAGACAGCUCGUACGAGAGCACGCCGCUGUCGUCGUGCGACCGGACGCCGCUGAGCAGCGUGACGACCGUGGACUUGCACGCCCGUGCGCGCGCCGGGGAGGCGCCCCCCGCGUCGAGGCUGGAGGCGGAGACUAAGCUGGCGAGGUCCAAGAGCGACAAUGGCGCGUCCUUCGGGCGGGAGGCGACCAGGUACCACGCUCUCCGGCCGGACCGCCCGGCCGGUCGCGGGACAGACGGAUUCCACUCGCCGGAGAAGAUUAGAAGGUACUCAGACGAGUUGACAAGCUCCUGAUCAGUAUGUUGGUGCAUGGGACGCUCUCCUGCAGGAUGAUGCUUUUGCACAAUAAACUCACUAACAGCAACCGGUCUGUAAGACGAAAUGCCAAUUUUCUCCA